GAUAAAUUGAUUAAAAAUUGUGAAUAUAAAGAGAUAGAUAGUAGUUAGUUAACUUAUAAGUUACAGGCGCUUACAAAUCAUCUAGCGCCUAACUAGUUAGUGCCUGUGGCUGAUAUUACAUUAACUACUGUCUAUGGUCUAUGGUAUGUUUAAUUUUGAGAAAGACCAACGGAGUUAAGAAAACAAUCAAGGUGAAGCAGCAGGAUAGUUACAAAAGUGAAUCACUCCAUGCAUAAAGAUGUCGCUCUCCGCUCCUUCAAUGGCUGGAUAUCACUUCCUACUUCCUUCUCCCUUCCUCCGCUCCCUUGAUACCGAUACAACUCUCUGGCGGCGGAUAGAUAGAUCAUCAUAUAUACAAAUCCCUUCAACAAGCGUCAUAGAACAAUGGCCCCCGCAAAGUUCCUCAUUACAGGCUCAACCAGCGGCCUAGGUGCUUCUGUCCUCGCCACGCUUUACAAAUCCGUCGACAACCCGGCGGAGAUCAUAGCUAGCUCGUCCCGUGCCGAAGCCGCUGCCAAACUCCAGCAAGAUUACCCAGGCACCCAGUUCCGCGUCGUGAACUACGACGACGAACUGGCGCUGGAGAAGGCCUUUGAAGGUGUCGAGCGACUGUUCUUCGUCUCAACCCCCGUUGUAAGCGUGGAUAGGAGGGCGAAGCAGCAUUCAAAUGUCAUCGAGGCGGCGAAGAGGGCUGGUGUCGGCCAUGUAUACUACUCCAGCCUCGCAUUUGGCGGCUACGGAUCACAUUCAAAGGCCGUCGUGCAGACAGCUCAUUUAAUCACAGAAGAGCAAUUGAAAAAAUCCGGCAUCCCCUACACCUCCAUCCGCGAAGGCAUCUACGCAGACGCCUUCCCCGUCUUCGCCUCCUGGUACCCGGACACAACCACCAUCUACAUCCCUACCGACUGCGCCAUCGCCUGGACCUCCCGCACCGAGCUCGGCGAAGCCAACGCAAAACUCAUGCUGCGUGACCCAGCCACCCUCCCAUCCCUCCUCCAAAAUAGCCACGACAACAACAUCGCCCUCCUCACGGGACCGCGCGCCUAUACCUUUGCAGAUCUCGCCGAGGCCCUCACGCGUGCCACGGGCAAGAAGGUAACUCUGCAGAAGAUCCCGCGGGAAGAGUAUGCGGCGCUCGUGGCGGCCGAGGACGCCAAGGAGGGCCAUGGCGGGAAAUCGGCGGAGUUCUUCGAGGUAUGGGGUACUUUGCUGGAUGCGGCGGCCCAGGGGGAGGCGGAGAUGGUGAGCCCGCUUAUGGGGGAACUGCUGGGCCGUCCGCCACGGGAUGGCUUGGGGUAUAUCGAGGAGCUGGUGAAGGAGGCGGCGCCGCGGGGCGGGUAUACGUGGCAUCAGAAUUAUGAUGUGGAGAGGGAGUAGAUGAGAGAUUUGCUCUUUUUUUUUUUCGCUGUAUGAAAUGGUUCUCCUGUGUUUGUUUUUGCUUGAUUUACAUAGUUUAUAAUUUAUGAUUUUGAAGGAGGUAAGUAGGCAAGCCAGUGAGAUUAUAAAUUUCAUGUUUGAUCUCAUUUGAUCUGGUCUCAUACCUUUCUUGAUGCAAGUCUCAUCAGAACUAAUCAUUAAAAAAAAUAUGAAAAGUGACUAGAAAUCAGAGCUUAGAAUGAAACUAUAACGUGAUCAACCACUCAACGCCCGCUUACACUCAACACCCG